CAGCUAGAGAAGUUAGCGGCCGCCUUGCAGGUAGAGCCCGACAAUGCCGCUGCCAUAGAUAAUGCGCCACAAGGCAUGGAGGUGAAAAUGACGAUUCCUCAGGCGCACUUUUCGAACUUGGAGGUCAGCGACGAGCAACUGAUGAUCGGCAGUCGUCUGGUACGCCGUAAGGACUGGAUGCAUGGCGAUAUCGUGCACUGCUACCAGAUAUCUCUCAGUCUGCUCAAGCCGCUUCUCGAUACCGGCCGCUUCGUUGUCCGUUCCUGA